AUGGGUAACUGGAAACUAGAAGUGGGAAAAAUGGCUAUGUAUACUUCGUUUCCGGUAGGACUAUUUUUUUUCUUUAACCAGCCCAAAUAUUUUGAGGAGUGGGUAACAAACACUAAGCGACAAAUCUUUCCUCCCGAAAACAAGAAAGAUAGAGAAGACAUUCAAAAACUAAUCCAAGAUAUGAGAAAAAAACAAAUUCGAGCUUUAGACGGAGAGUAA